AUGGUCGGAUCCUAUAGGGUCAUCACCUACCACCAUGUCUCAAUGGCGCUUAAGGUGGGUAGGAAGCUGACACGGGUAGCAUAUUGCCCAAGAAUUCUUCUUCCUCUCCCAUUCUUCUUUUUCCCUUUUCUCUCUUGUUGCAUUUUUCAUAUCUCCGGUGAAAUCAGACAUCAUGGUCAGGAGGUCGACUCCCGUUUUAUGGUGUGUAAUACAGCCAUGGAUUUGCCAGGCGGCUAGCAUUACCACCCUCCCCAAGCCAGAUGAUUCAGUCGUCCUUCCACGGCAGGUCAACGGUGACGUGAGUUCCUCGACAUUUCUGCGCAGAGGCUAUCAUACGUCCGCGGUUUUGGACGGGCGAGUGUACAUUGACGGCGGCGAGGUUUCGUAUUACAGCGGUACCAACAUCAACUUUCAAUACUCCAACUCGUUGCUUUCUAUCGAUUUAACCGAGGACUGGACAAGUGAUUCAGUCCGGUUCGACUCAACAUCCAAACCGUCUGGUGCCGCCAACCUCGAUGGCGGAGGAAUCUGGGUAGACGAGACGGAAGGUGUCCUAUACACGGGAUUCGCUGGCACCAAGUCGAAUUUUGGAGACAACGCCAAUCAGCCUCAAGGCCUAUGGUCAUUCAAGCCGGAUGGUAAAGGAGGCGGAACCUGGCAAAACCUGAACAGCACUGCGGACAAGACAUUUACGGAAAAACCGAGACCGUUCAAGGGCAAAGUAGCCAGUGGCAAUGGCGUUGGUUACUUCCUCGGAGGCUUAGAUGGGUGGGGCACCAAUGAAUCAGACUUCCGCUCGGGACCGGUGAGUGGCCUUCUCACGUACGACUUCGCGUCGAAGAAGGCCAUCAACACAUCCGUCUCCCUUGCUUCCACCCAAGGAUCGGAGCAAUUUGGCAGUAUGCUCUACGUGCCCAACUUUGGCAAAAAGGGAAUCCUGGUUUCCGUGGGAGGCCUCAUAGGGAGCUUACCGACAGCCCGAGCCGAUGACAAUGACAAGCUGGGCUCCAUGGACAGCGCACGCAUCUUCGACAUUGACAGCAAUGCUUGGUUCGAACAAAGCACAUCGGGCACCUCGCCCGCGCCAAGGCAGGAAUAUUGUAUGGCAGGAGUGGCAUCGGACAACCAGACCUACGAGAUCCUCAUCUACGCCGGCUGGGGUCGCAAUCUGGGCGCCGUAUCUGUACCCUUCGACGAUGCCUACGUGCUCACCCUGCCCGGGUUUUACUGGACCAAAGCUCCCUACACGGCACGGAAUCCCAGACACGCGCUCAGCUGCAACGGGGUCGGUGGUGGUCAGAUCAUAACAAUCGGAGGCGUCGACACUACUAGAGAAGGACCCGACACAUUGUAUAAGGGGGUUUUCACGACCAGCGAUCCCUUCCCACAAGGCAUCGCGGUGUUUGAUCUCGCUACCUUGAAGAUCACAGACACUUACACAGCGAACCGAACCUCGUACUCGCCUGCCCCUGCGAUUCAGUCGUUCUAUAACGACAAAGGCCGAAAACCCGAGUCCGGCUUCACCAACAGCCAACUAGAGUCCGUCUUUGCCAACCAAAAUUUUAAAGCCACCAACAAUAGCGACGCCUCCUCGCCCCCGACUCCCUCAGACUCCUCCUCACCAUCGCCCUCCGGCUCAACAGACCCCUCCAGCAGCAGCGGAAGCAAAAGCAGCAGCAGCAGCAGCAAGGCAGGGCCCAUCGCCGGCGGCGUGGUAGGCGGCGUCGCAGCCAUUGCCGCGGGGAUAGCGCUGGGCUAUUUCCUCGCUCGCCGACGUACUACUAAGAAAAAGGGACUGUCUGAAGAAGGGGAACACCAAGAGCAACAACAGCAGCAACAACAACAAUCGCCGCAGCAGGGACAACAGCAAGUACAACAGGAAACCAAGUGGCAGCCGGGGGGUUACGAACCUUAUCCUGGUGGUGGUGCUCCUGUUGAGGCGCCGUAUACUGAUGGUACUGGGAAUGGAUACAGCGGGGAUGGAUUGUACCAGCAUCAGCAGGUUCAUGAGCUUUCACCGCAUCAUGUUGUUCAUGAGAUGCCGGAGAGGCGGAAUGUUAGUGAGAUGCCUUGAGAUUUAUGGUGGUGACGGUGAAAGGAUGGAUGGUGGUCAACAUGACGAAAUUAGAUGAGACGAGUAAUGGUGCGCUAUGUAAGGGGACGGACGCUAUAUCACCUAUUUUUUUGGUUAUACCCUUUUUCAUUCUUUGACGAAGAACUUAAAUGGAGAUAGACGUUGAUUCGAUAAAUUGGGGGUUAUCCCUUCAAAUGAAACGAGUAGACACACAUAAAAUGGUGA